AUGAGUACAAAGCCACGCCCAUGGCUCCCAGAGCCUUUCGUGUUCCCGCCGAUCGACUUCGACCCACUUAGGUACGAGUUUGAGACAGGUAGCAUUGAUGUGACCCCAGACAAGAUUGCGGAGCCCUGUUGCGACUGUUCUGAGGGAGCGCCGCCACUAGGGUUUUCAAGGCCAACAAGUCCUACUUCUUCUACAAGCGGCAAAGCUACAUCCGAAAAGGACAUUCUUCGACUCCCUGGCCACUUCCAAGGCUGGCGCAUGGGUGUCACUCUGUGUGCGAUCACCACGGGAACUGUACUUGUCAUCAACCUGAUUGUAAUCACUUGUGUCGCUGCUGGGGAUGGUCUGGAAGGAGGGCUGGGAACUCUACAGCAAGGAAGCUGCCAAAAGACAAAGCAUCUGAGUCUGUGGCUGCACUUAGCCAUCAACUUGCUCAGUACGCUACUCCUAGGUGCUAGCAACUACACAAUGCAGUGCCUCUCGUCGCCAACCCGCGAAGAGAUUGAUAAAGCACAUCGAAAACGAAUUUGGUUGGAUAUCGGCAUUCCCAGCCUACGCAAUCUUAGACAAAUCGGCCGGGGUAGAAUUGUGCUUUGGUGGUCGAUGGCGCUUUCUAGCAUUCCAUUACACUUACUAUACAACAGUGUCGUGUUCUCAACUCUCUCCGCCCAAGAAUAUUCCGUCUUUGCGGCUUCCGCGGAAUUGGUGAACGGUGUCGCCGCCCAAGAAUUUUCCGCCAAUCGCACGGCUCUCAACUGGACCGGUCCAACCAAUUGGACAAACACUGGACCAUUCGACACCAUGCAGCAUUUUCAAAAUGCGUCAGGAUGGCAGAAGCUGGACAACAGAGACUGUAUCAAGGCUUACGGGCAGGAUUACGUAUCCGCCCACGGAGAUCUACUGCUCAUAUCGCCAGCUAUUAGUGCGUCGGAAAUGAUCGUAUCGCUUGUGUACGGCCCCGGCAAUGGGCUUGGAAACACAUGGUGGAUGUGUGACAUCUCGGAGCAGACAUUCUCAAAUGACUGCUCGGUAAAUGCGGUUGCAGAUCGGGCUGCAAACUGGACAAUCAACUGUGAAAUCAAUGACGAACUAACAACGAAUCAGACCACACAUGAUCAAAUCCAACAAUACAACUGCCCGGUUCAAUACUGCUUUAGCCAGCCAGUAGAGGAGCAGUGUCGGGUGCAGGUCAGUCUCGUCAUUCUGGGUAUCGUGAUAGCAUGCAACGCCACUAAAGCUCUUUGCAUGCUCCUUACAAUCAGAAAUCAGAAGUCGCAACCUUUAGUCACUCUGGGGGAUGCAAUUCAAAGUUUCCUACAAGAACCUGAUCCGAGCACUGAGGGAAUGUGCCUAGCCAGCAAGGCACAUUUUAACGACGCUCGAAUGACAAAAGUAUCAAUGUCACAGAAUCGCGGACUUCGGCGUUUGUGGCAAAAAACCAACUCGAAUAAAACUCAGUGGAUAGACAAACCCAUGGAGUGGUCAAACCGCCGGCAUUGGUGGUUUUCGAGCGCAAGCUUGAAGCGUUGGCUGGUUUGCAACAUCUUAUGCGUUGCAACCCUAGGAGCCGCAGGCGGAUGUCUCGCAUUGGGCAUUGGGAAUCCAAAUCUCACAGACCGUAGCCUAGCAUACUUGUGGCAGCUGGGCUAUGGCACUGUCGCAUCUGAAUCGAUGAUUAGCUGGAGCUUGCCCGGGACCGGAGGAUUACUAGUUGCCAUCCUCGUUGCCAAUUCGCUACAGGUCUUACUCUCUUUUCUCUAUCUUGCGUACAACGGCGUCUUCACCUGUAUGCUGCUUGCGAAUGAAUGGGCCGGAUACGCAUACAGUAGGAAAUCUUUGCGCGUUACGAGUCCAACAGGGUCUCAGCGCUCGACCUACAGGCUGCAAUUGCCAUACAAGUACGGUGUACCGUUGCUGGUACUUUCCGGGAUCCUUCACUGGCUAGUCUCUCAAAGUAUCUUCCUCGCCCGCAUAUCGGCCUUCACUAGUGAAGGCGUCGUGGAUCCGGGUGAGUCUAUCUCCAACAUCGGCUAUUCCAACAUCGCCAUCAUUACGGUCAUCGCGCUUGGUACGAUCGCUGUACUGCUCGGCAUCCUCAACGGGUUCAGGAUAUUCCGACCAGUUGCAAGGCACAGGACGAGGAGAACAUUCACGGGUAAGGGAUUUGAUUAA